AUGCAAGUGACCGAAGGAUUCUACAAAAGAAUUAAUCAAAUUUGCAGAGAAUUAUUAUCAAUUUCGAGAGAAGCACAAGUAGUCCUGAAUAAAACAGGAAUAUACCUAAUAGCUGAAGGCAAGACGGUCAACCUGGUGGAACUCGCAAUCAAAUAUGACUUAACAGAAGCCGUACUAAGUCAUGAUGCAACAGGAUUGUUAUCUAUAGCAACAAAUCUGAAUAAUUCUAGCGGACAACGAAUGAAUGCUUACAGAAAACUUGAGGAAUACGUAUAUGACACCUAA